AUGUACUCAGUGCCUUCUCACAGCCUGAGCUAGACUCCUGGAUACUUGCAAUCCGCAUGUCAAGCUAUGAGGGUCUAAAGGCCAUGUACUACGAACUCACCAACAAGAUUAACACCCUCACUGGAAAGGUACACCCCUAUCAUGCCGAGUAAGUCAAUUCUCUCCCUCUCCCUUCUCCCUGAAGUACUCACAAAAAACGAAGUCUCCAAUGGCUACAUAAUAGAAGGCCUUGGUAUAUUGUAUAUUCAAGGCUAGAUACCUUAGCUACUGUGUUCCUCUGUGUACUAUAUCUUCAGGUAGUGAUGCAGCUACUAGUAUCAACAGCAUGGCCAGCCUCUCUCUGUGUGAGGACAGCUACAGAUCUUGGAGAGAGCUGGCCAUUUCCAGUUACUGUGAGCAGCUGAGUCUCAUGCAGAGACUGAGACAUGAAGUGGUGCUACUCCACGGCAAGCUGGGGAGUCGAGAGGCUGAGAUUGAGACACUAAAACAACAGUUGGAGGAAGCAAAGAGAGAAGAAUCAGUCGUAGAAUUAGAGUUUUCUAACUAUCGUAAACACACCCAGAAGCUGAUGUGUGACACUGCAGUUGACAAAACAGAGCAAUGGCUGGAUUCAUUAUCAUCAAACUGAAAUGAAAUUAGUUACACAAAUACUAAUCCUUAAAAAGACAUUCUCUGGCAUGUGUGGCGGCAACGCAA